CUGACCGGAUGUUAAGUUUUGUGCUGGCAAACCAGAAAGGUUAGGGAUGAAACAGUUUCGAAAAAGACACAAAUCUUGGCACAACGAUGCCGUGUCGAAUCAAGUAAAUCAUUCCGCCCAGGUGAGGUUAAAUUCUAGCACAGUGCUUUAAGCUUACUUUUGGUUCUUUUUGGAUUUCCUUGUUCUGUAAUACAUACAAGGAAAAUUUCUUUGAAAAAUGAUAAAGUGAUAGUUUAAUCUCGGUUUGUGGACGCUUACAGGUCUCGCAAGAAAAGCAAGACAGCGAGGACGCUACAAGUGGAAAAUGGCGGACAGAAUCUUCAGAACGCGUAUUCUCAGAUUCUCAGGUUAGCUGUUGUGAAGUCUAGCUCAUAGGGAGUCUCUGCCACUGGUGGAAAUUUUAUCAUUUGAUUUGCGGGUCGGUAUAGAAAUGAAGCCAACGAGGGAACGCUUGAAAUAGCUGGGAAUAAAUUGUAGGUUCACAUUUAUUGAAGACGUUCAGGCGUUUCGGGACGUCACAUGUCGAUCGAAAAUCGAUCAUCGGAAAGCUAGUCGAUAAGUCGGUAGUGCUCGAUAUUUGUCAGUAACUGUCGAUUGAUUAGUUUGAUAUGUCGAUAAAAAUCGAUGAUCACAAUGAUCUCAGGACAUGUAAUCGAUUUCUAUUUAUUUCUGUGGACAUCAACAUGCUUUGAGAAAAGCAGAGGACAGGAAAAAGAUUCGCAAAAGUCAAAAUGGAGUUAUUUAUUUAAAACGGAACUGGAAUAGACCUUGUCACGGUUUUCGACGCCAUCUUGACGAGUAUGUAAACGCGUGAGAAAUGAGAAUCAAAUGUCGAAUAAUAUCCGUAGAACUAAUGGCUGUUCUGAAAAAAAAUAUGAUUUGUAAACUAAAGCUUCACUCCUAAGGAUUCUACUGAAAAAAAUUGAGGGCGUCACAUGCGCUAGAAGAAAUUUUCUAUAGAUUUGUCUGUAAGAAAGUCCCGGGAAAAAUUACAGAAAAAUACAUGGAAAAGCUAAAGCAAGCCUCUGGAGAAAUUUAAGCACAGGUAUGCCCCAAAAAUCUUUUAGUGGAAUCCUUUGCUUUGUAGCCUCCCUGAUAAGCUGUCUUUCAAAGAACGGCUAUUCAAGUUUAACAAAUGACUCACUUUAACUGGUCAAAUAUUUGAAUUGAGUCAUGCAUUGUAUCUCUCCUCCAUACAAAAAAGUCUUAUACAUGACGUGACACAUUUUAAAAACUUUCAUCAGCAUAUGACAAAGAUUCAUGUAAUGGUCUACAAAUCAUAGGUUCUGUCGCCAAAAAGUUAGCUUUAUGCAUAGUAUUUUAAAAUUUGUUGAUUUUGCCAGCUUCAUAUGCAUUUUUUGGACACAUAAUAACAAUAGAGAAACAGGUAAAUCUAGAAACAUUGUAUUCAUGGGUCUGUGCAUUUGUAUUUUGUUUAAAUUAGUUGCAUCAGUUAUUAAUGUUAGGACCAGAACAGCCAUAUCAUAAAAAGCAUAGCCCAGAGAAGGCUGGGCAGCAGUCAGCAAAGGAUGAUGGGGCAAACUAUUGAGGAGCUCGGUACGGCUGGGUCAGUUACAGCAGGAUGGAUCUCGGUGAUCCACAUCUUUUCACCAAGUUUAGCCAUGAUUAUUAUGCUACAAUUCAGAAUGCUGUAGUUUUGAAUAAAAUAAAUUUAUCCUACCCAAAUGUUUAAUUUUUCACGAGGGAGUGGUUGAAUUGCCUUUAAAACUCUGAUCAUAGUCAACUGACUGCACACCCCAGGGAUAGAUGUGUGUAGCCGUAAAUUUUUGGUUAUUUCCCAGGGGCUAUGGCAAGAAAUGAAUGUAAAGUCAACGUUUUUGCCCCACUAUCUGUGGGGGUUUGGAGCUCGAGGAUGCAAUUGACUGGUGCAUAACUCAACUAAAUGGUUAAAAUCAGAAAAUAAAGCCACCUGGUCAAAGUAGGCUACUGAAGUCGGAUUCAUUGGUCUGUCUUAGUCAGAUAGCUCUGAAACAAUUUUUUUGUUUAAUUUCAUUUAUUUGCUUCUUACACACAUUACACAAACAUAGAUACUUAAAUACAGAAGAAUCACACUUAAUACAAACAGGGUGCAAAUAAAGUCAGUUUUAGAGCCUGCAGCCAUUCGGGCAAGCUGUAGCUAGCAUGUACUAGCCCACAAGUCAUUUCAACUAGCCCCAAAACCCUUUUUGAUUAGCAGGAUUGAUUACAGUCCUUCUGUAAUUUGAAUUUCCCCAAAAAACAGCACUUUCCCAUCGGGCAAGUUAAGAACAAAAACCACUAGCCCAAUAGCAAAAUCCACUAGCCCCAGGCUAUCGGACACGACUUUCUUUGCACGCUGUACAAAGGAAACAAAAUUAAUUAACGAAAUGAUAGUAAGGCUGCUAGACAGGAUAUUGUGUAGAAUAAUUUUUUUCUUUUGGAAUCUGUUCAUAGUAACUUUUUUGAAAAAAAGCAUUGAGGAAAAGGAGAGUUCACUCAAAUAAAUGCCUUUUCUGAAUAAUUUUUUUCCACUUUUCUUCAAAGCUUUUCGCUGUUCCUUAAUAAUUGGAAUUUGUUUUUCAAUUAUAAAGUUCCCUUUAACCCAUUCACUCCUGGUACUCUAAUGGGUGACAACCCUUUAAUUCCCUGGGACUUUUUGGUAGAAAAUAAGUGUAUGCGAGCUCCUAAAAUAAACCAUAUGUGCACUUUCAACAAACUUUUUCUUUUAGAUGAGUUAAUGGGCAGCCAGGGUAUAUUAAAAAUAAUGCCAAUUGAGGAAGAAAAAGCAGUGGAAAGAGGCAAAAAUAAUGGAUUUUAACAAAAUUUCUUCACCGUGCAAUAAUAAUAUUGCACUGAUAAGUAAAUUGUGACAUGUGGAACAAAAACGUUGUUGAGUAAUAACGACAGACAAAAAAACACCAACAACACUGUACUGUCAUUUUUAUUGAUGGUUCCCUUUCAGAUCAGUCAGUCUGGUCGAGAAUGGCAGUAGAAAAUGUAGUGAAACUCCCUUGAGGACUUAAUGAAGAGCGAUCUGAAGAGUUCCUCAUCAUGCAUGGGAAAGUUAAAUAAAACAUGGAAAUGCUGGACUUCCAAAAUGUCUUUUCAGAAACCAAGCAGUGUUUAUUUACAUUGUGAUAACCAAACAGCAGCCAAGCUUGGAUAAAUUCCCUGCUUAUACAGGGCUGUGCUCUAGCAGAGCCCGGUGGCCCCUGGUGCCUAACUUUUGCCCUCGGGCGACUAGAAAAUCUCAGCUUUUUCAUACAAAUCAUAUGCUGGGCACCCUAGAUUUUACAGUUUCAGAGCACUGGGUUCCCUUCAAUUUUCCUUAGAGGACAGCCUUGUUAUAAAAGACCGAACCAUAAUUUUCGAAAAAUACAAAUGUGCAAAUACUCGAGCCAUGCGUAAACAAACUACCGCAAACAAUUAGGCAUACAGCCAGAGGGGUCAACUUGCCAAUUACAAAUCAAAAUUAUACGUGUACAUGAAAUAUUUAGAAUAUUACCACUGGAUGGCAAAUGAUUGGUUUAUUACCCAUCAAUCACUCCAUAAAAACAAAAGAGAAAAAAAACACCAGGGUGGAGAGGGGAAUGGACUGAAUCCAGUGCCUAUUUUUAUGGGCUAUAGAUGGUUUUGAACUAAUGUAUUUGCAACUAGAGAUAUAAAACCUAGCCAAGAGUAGACAAUGACUAACUAAAAUAUCUCCUCCUUUUCGUGUAAUUCUGUGGGAUAUGAUUGUUAUGGGUUUUAUACUUAAAGAGUUUGUUUGUCUUUUUUCGUUGUCUGCAGGAGAAGUUGAAAAAAAUCCUGGGAACAAGA